UCUUCGUCUUCUUCCAACCAAAGGAUUCGAUUUCACAGCACAACAAACUAAAUUCACUCGCAAAAAACUAGGGAGUCCCCAAAAAUAAACCCUAGCCGCUUCCCUCCGAUCCAAGCCCAACCACGGCUAUGCGGCUCGCGAUCGCCGGAGGAGAUCAUCUCUAGAGCCCGCCGGCCCCCGUCGCCCCCGCCGUCCGUUCGCGUCCGCAGCCAUGAGGGCCGCCGCGACCGCGCAGAUCGAUCCGUCCCCGACCCCGUCCCCCGCGGCGCUGGCCAAGUCGCGCCUCAAGCGCCUGUUCGAACGCCAGGUGCUGCGGGUCUCGCCGGCGGAGCGGCUCCCGUCCGUCUCCGCCGGCGGGGACAAGGACGACUUGCUGGAGCCCAGCUCCGUGUGCCUCGACGGCAUGGUCCGCAGCUUCCUCGAGGACGGCGGCGCCGUCGUCCCCGGCGAGCGGGCCAACGCCGCGCGCUGCUGCAACUGCUUCAACGGCGGCGACGCCUCCGACGACGACGACGGGCCCGCCGCCGCCGAGGCCUCCGCACUCUCCGACGCCGCCGAGACCAUCAAGGGCCUGGUCCACUGCGCCAGCCUGCGCGAGCGCAACCUGCUGGCCGACGUCUCCACGCUGGUGGAACGCCACCGCGCGGCGGGGGCGCGCAAGCGGGACCUGCUCCGCCUGCUCGCGGCCUCCCUCGUCGCCACGGGCCACGACGCCGCGCUGUGCCUCUCCCGCUGGGACAAGUCCUCCUCCCACCCCGCCGGCGAGCACGCGUACGUGGACGUGCUCCUGCCCGCGGGGUCCGAGCGCGGCGACCGGGAGCGCGUGAUCGUGGACGUCGACUUCCGCUCCCAGUUCGAGGUCGCGCGCCCCACCAAGGCCUACCGCGCGGUGCUGCAGCGCCUGCCGUCGGUGUUCGUCGGGCGGGAGGACCGACUGCGCCUCCUGGUGGCCGCCGCCGCGGACUCGGCACGCGCCAGCCUGAAGAAGCGCGGCCUCCACCUGCCGCCGUGGCGCAAGCCCGAGUACAUGCGCGCCAAGUGGCUCUCCCCCUACGAGCGCGAGGUUCCCCCGCCGCCGCCCCCUGCUCCGGAUGCCCCCGCCGCUGCCUGUGAGCUCGCCGACGCCGGCGAGGGAGGCGGAGAUGGACACACUGUUUAAUUGAGGACCUGUCUUUGGUCGAUUUUUUUUUUCUUGCCUCGAUCGGGAACUCGCAGCUCGGUUCUCUGGGACUGGAACUGGAUGCAAUUAUUUUUGAUUUCUUUUCCCCUUUUCUCUUUGAUUUUGACCCUUGUGAUGGGUUAACGGAGUAGUAAUUUCUUGUACGUAGUAAGUACCGGGAGGAAUGAAUGAGCAAAAAAUAAAUAAAUAAAAAUUGUAGCGUUA